UUUUUGUUCUUGCAUUUUUGCUCGUUUCUAUUUCCAUUUUUUUUUUAUUUUGCAUAUCAACUUCUUACCUCAGGCAAGAAUAAAUACAUAUUUGAAUAAAAAGUUUGGCAAAGUCGCACAAUUUUAUCCAAGUCGCUUUUCCGUCCCCCUAUUUGAAUGUGUGAAUAAUCGACAACCCCGAAAACACUGAAAAAGUUAGUUAUAAACCAAGUAAAAUAUGUGUGAGCUUCAGAUCUUCAAUCUACAUAGCGAUGUUACUGAAAGGAUGCUGAUGGACAAAUUCUCGGAAGCUGGAAAGGUUCUCUACGUCAGACUUUAUUUUGAUGCAAUAACUAAAAAAUCCCUCUGCUACGGUUUCGUGAAAUUCAGCACUGUUCAGGAAGCUGAGAGAGCUCUCGUUACGAUGAACGGUGAUCUGCUGAAAAAGAAACCUAUUCAACUAAUAAUAUGGCGUCCAGAAGCGACCAAGUAUAAGAAUGCAUGCCUCGGAAAGGUGUGUAUCCAGAACUUGGAUAAGAACAUUGAUGACAAAGACAUAUACAACACCUUUUCUGUCUUUGGAUCAAUCUUGAGAUGCGGAGUGACUCUGGAUAACGAGGGAAAUUUCCAUGGAAUCGGAUUCGUGGAUUUCGAAACCGAAGAAUCGGCCAAUACAGCAAUUGAAAGGGUAAAUGGCAUGAUUUGGAACGAUAAAAAUCUGCAUGUUAGCAAAUUUGUGUCGUCAUGUAUUGAACGUCAGAAGCUUCAAAAAAUAUCCAGACUGGCUACGUUGUUUUUGAAAAAUUUAGACCCAAACAUAAACGAUGAGAAGCUCUACCAACUCUUUUCCAAAUUUGGUCUAAUAACUAAAAUUGUACUUGCUCGACAUGCAGAUGAAUCAUUAAAAGGCACCGGAUUUGUAUGUUUCGGAGCUCGGAAGUAUGCAAAAAAAGCUGCGUUGGCAUUGAAUGGCACAAUGUGCGAAAAGAAAAAACUUCGCAUUUCAUUUGCGCAAAUACCCAAGGAAUAUGUCUUGGAAACACCUGAGAAGUGUCGACAAGAAAUGGAAAAGAGGAAGAAGAACGAAGGAAAGGAGAUAGAUAACAAGAAACUAAAGGAUGUUCAAUAUCCUAGUACGUCGUCUGGUCUUCCGUCAACAGCGAGUCGUCAUGUCACAUGGGCACCACAGUUAGAAGUAGUGUCCUUGCCUGGAGUGGCUUCAACAAGCAGCUCCUUUGCAGCAACUUGUAAUCCCCAACCAACUGCAGGUACUUCCUGCACAACUCGUCGAGGUUCUCCAAAUAUCAAUGCCGCGUCCGAAGAAUUUCUAACACCCGAAGAAAGGGAAGCUGAAGAGAGGAUGUUUGAUAGCUUCAGAAGAAGAUUUACCAAGAAUAAUUAGGUUUAGUUUCUCAAUAGUUUAAUGUAAAUUAUAGUUAAUAUUUCCUAGUUUUGUUAGUUAUAUUGAAAAAUGAUAAGGUGUCCACAACACGGGACCCCUUUGAUGACCAUUGUUCAAUUACUAUUUUAAUUUUAAUUUUUCUCGUUUUUGUUGCAAAAUAUUGCGAAAUUAUUGAAAAUUGUUAAAAACUUAUAUUUUUAAAAAUAUAAAAUGAGUUCCGUAUUGCCUUC